ACUCCGGACAUAUUUAAAAGCUACAACAGUGACGCACGUUGGAAUUUGUUGUGAGACAGCUAGCCAGCGAUUGAAAGAGUACGAUCAAAUUAGUAAAAUUAACACUAUGGCAGAAACAGGGGUUGCUCUUGGCUUUUUGGAGGAGGCCGAAAACUGGCAACUACAGAGUCAUCAGUUCCCCAGCAAAGUUGGAGGCAAACCUGCAUGGUUGAGUCAGUUGGACAUCCCAGGUCUUCCCGAGUUAGAAUGUGGGAAAUGCCAUCUUCCUACCGCAUUUCUCAUGCAAGUUUACGCUCCAAUAACUGGACAGGAUAGAAGUUUUCACCGAACUAUUUUUGUAUUCUGCUGCAAGACACCAGACUGCUAUUCACGAAACGACAGCCGUUGUCUGAAAGUAUUUCGUAGCCAGUUGCCAAGGAGAAACGACUUUUAUCCCUACAAUCCUCCAUCUGAUGAAGACCCCAAUUGGACUGAGCGUGACCCCUGUGUCCACAGUUCAGGGGUUAAACUAUGCAAGCUCUGUGGCUGUCCUGGUCAAAAAGUUUGCUCUAAAUGCCAUGCAGUGUCCUACUGCAGCAAAGAACACCAGACCAUAGACUGGAAACACUGUCACAAGAAAGAGUGUUGCAAACAAGUGCCGUCCAGUGCAGUGCCUUCCCCAUUCCUGUUCCCCGAGUUGGAACUGGUCACAGAGCCUGAGGAACAUCAGAAAGAAGAGUCUAGUCAAACGGUGGGGGAUGCACAGAAUAAUGUGGAAUGCUCCUCCUUAGUUGAUGAUUUGGCUGAGACAGAACUUGAAAACAUGGCCAUGCAAGAAACAGAAGAUGGCAAAGUGUUCCAGAAGUUUAAACGGAGGAUUGCAUCAGAGCCACAUCAGGUUUUGCGAUAUUUCAGAGAUGGCUCUCCUCUUUGGGUUUCGUCUGAACAUGUUCCUGUGGAGAAGGGCAUCCCACAUUGUUCAUGUGGUUCCAGGCGUAUCUUUGAAUUUCAGGUCAUGCCCCAGCUACUGAAUGAUCUGAAAGUGGACAGCCCUGAUGCCAGUAUAGACUGGGGAACCUUGGCUGUCUACACAUGUGCUGACAGCUGUGACCAAGGCAACAAGUACUCUUCUGAAUUCAUCUGGAAACAAGAUUUCACAGAACAGAAAUAAUUGUAUUAAAAUCCAAAUGUACCUAGUUAAGAAAAUAUUUAGUGGGGUUUUUGCAUAGUUAUACUGUCCCUUUGUCUCAGUGGCUAUUUCCUUUCCUAGAGAAACUACGCAUAAACAGCCACAAUCUGUUCCAAAUCGCUCAUACAUUUUGUUUUGAGGAAUCUUACUUCAGGUUGUUACAUUCUUACUUUAUCACCAUAAGCAAAAAAACAUGUCAUUUGUUUUGCCAUAGGACUAAUAGUUUGCAUAGCUUCAACUGGUUUAAAAACAUUUAUGUAAUGCAAUGUCCUUUUGAGCAUUAAAGCUCAAAUUAAAACAUGUUAAUGUCAUGUGACAUUGUGAGUCCAUUCAUUAAACUGGUCAUGCUAUCUCAAAUCCAUGUAGUCAUUCCCUGGAUUGUUGUAAAUCUUACCAUACCCUGAAGACAAAGCUUUUUAAACUAAAGGAGGGAGAUCAGAAUUAGUAAGGAAACAUUUAACUGUGCACAAGGUAGAAAAAUAACAUUUAAAACAAACAAAUUACUGACAGGGCUUUCAUGGUAGACCAAAAAUAGUGUGUAAAAUGAAACAAAAUCCAUGGUGAAUUAGGCUAGUUAGUCCAUUAUAGCAUUAAAACAUGAGGGUUCUUCAAUCAUGACCAAAAACUGAAUGAGAAAUAAGACAUGAGGUACAUACAGAUGACUAAUAACAUUCCUAAGAUGCAGACUAAGGCUGCAUCAUUAAUGUUCCAUUUUCUUGCCUUCAGUACCAGUCGUCCAAACGAUGUUAAAAUAAUGACAAAUUGGGUAGUUAAGCCUUGCUGCAAUACAAUCCCAAGUGAAAUUCUUCAUACAACAAUGAAAAAGACUAAAAAACAUUUAAAUUAUGAAUCUUAAAAUGUCUGUAGGGAAUGUGUGGACAAAGAUGCACUGAAAAACUGUAGGUUAACAAUAAAACCUACUUUAGAAAAAUUAAAGAGCCAGCCAAGACUGCCUUAUUUAAUAAGCAAGAGUCACUUAAAAAAAAAAAAAAAAAAA